UAUCAAAAGGUAGAAAAAACAUCAUGACAUCAUUUUGAGGCAUAACUCUAUGUUGAUUAGGCACCACCGAGGCCACAACGUGAUCAUGAUGCAUUCUUUGCUGCUUUUUGCCAAAGCGAGGCGUUAUCCUUAUGACUUGCGUCUAGGCGAGGUUAAGCGAGUGCCUAACUGUGCUUUUUAGAACCAUGGAUGAGAUAUAUGGGGGUUGGAGAAUGGGAUGAAGGGAGUAUAGUGUUGUAUACAUCUUAUGUGACAGAGAAGUCGCCUAAUAAACUUGUUUUUUUAUGAAAUGAAAUAAACUAAUUCAUAAAUAAAAUCAAAAGCACCAAGUUUUCCUCUUCUUCCCUCCCAAAAAGUUGAAAACACAAAAGAGGCUAAAUUACACGUUUGGUCACUCAAAUUACAUAAAAUUUUCAUGUUUGCCACCCGAAUUACUUUUCUUUCUUAUUCGCCACUAACUUUAUGAAUCAUUUCACCGUUAGACUACGUCAGAUUCUGUUAACUCCGUUAGUUUUCUCAUGACGUGGCAAACGGAACUGCUGACUGAACCGUUAUUUAAUGACAUCUCGACUAAAAAAAAUAAAAAAUAAAAAACUGAUCACUCAUAUUUGCCCAAGAACUUAUUCCCUCGUCCUCCACCGUCGGCGUGGACCAUCUACACUCCAAAUCACAUGUUCCUCUUGCCCCCAUCCCCCAUCGCUCCGACGUCGGCAAUAGAAAAGCUACAAAACUCCAAUAAUAACACCGCUAGUGCCAAAGCCAAACCCAGAGCUGUGAGGCAAGCUCUUCGCCGAAUCUAUUCCGGCGAGCGGAAGAAGAUGGCUGAUCACGGGUCAAUUUCUUGAAAAACAUGGCACAUAGCCAUAUCCACCCUCUGUCUGGGCUAUUCUCCUGCCGACGAACAGACCUAGAUAGAGAAGUACUGGUCAUCGGAUGGGAGAGUGACCAAGUGCAUCACUCAGCGACUUGUAGAUCUGGGUUGGCUUUGAACGAUGGGUAAUCUGGCGAUGAUGAAUGAUAUCGCCCCGUCUACGGAGUUGGGUUUGCUAGUGUUGCCCUCUGCUCCCGUUCAUUAUCCCGUCGACGAUGAAGAGCUGGGCCUGCUUGCAAUCGUGUGGAGGUGACGAUGAUGCUUGUCUCGCCCUUUCACUCCCGCUGAGGAAUUCACCAGAAAAUUGAAUUGGUUAUGGAUGGGUUAUGGGCUUGUCUUCUCGGACUACUCCCCUGUCUUCGUCUACCAUUUCACGGAAACCAACCCCGUCGGUGGGAAGAGGCCGUACAGAGCAACCACCACCCCCAUCUCCACAAGACACUUGUGCAGCGGCGAAAUCCGGGGGAAGGAAUGGAAUUGGUCUCGGAAGGGAAUAAAAGAGGAUUUGGGAAGCCUUCGAAAUCAAAGCAUAGAGCGAAAUUGUCGUCAAAAUUGAAGGAGGAGAAAUCGGAAGGGAUUAAGUUGUGUUGGUCGGGUUUGCGGAGGAGGAGAAGAAGAGAGGGUCGAGGGGAUAGAGGAGCGAUCAGCGAAGGAGGAGGGUUAGGAUCGAGGAUGGAUCCACCAUUGUUUACCGCAAUCGGAAGGGAAGAAAGUGAAGAGGAAAUAGGCGGAGGAGCAAACCCUUCGGAGAUUUCUUUCUUUAUUUUAUUUUAUUUUUUAAACUGACAUGUCAUUAAAUUAAUGGUCCAGUCCGCAGUUUCAUUUGCCACGUCAUGAGAAAACUAACGGAGUUAACGGAGUCUGACGGAGACUAACGGUGAAAUGAUUCGUAAAGUUAGUGGCGAAUAAGAAAGAAAAUUAAUUCGGGUGAGAAACAUGAAAGAUUUAUGUAAUUUGAGUGACCAAACGUGUAAUUUGGCAAAAAAUAAACCCUCUUAUUUCUAAAAAAAUUCUUACUUUUUUCUCUUAAAAAUUGAAAGAAAGAUAUCGGGAAAAAUUGAAAGCACCAAUUUUUCUAUAAUUACUCUUCCAAAAAAGUUAAAAACAAAAAAAAUUUAUCCUUUUAAAAUACUCAAAUUAUCAUAUACAUUAUUAACUCGAUUUAUAUUUAAUUGAUAGCUUGGUUAACGGGAUUAAUUAACCAUAAUUUUAAUGUAUGUAUAAUAUAUUAAUUUUAUACAGGGUCUCAAUUAUUAAUUAUUAGUCAUCAAUAUUGACAUUGUGCUAAUUUUAUAUUUCAUAUAUUUUUUAAUUUUGUUAAAGAAUUUAAUGUUCAAGUGAAUUUAUGUUUUAAUUUUUAUACUUAUUAAAUAUACAUCACUUGAAGUGAAUUUCACUUUAUGAAAUGGAAAAAUGGCUUUAUCUAGUUUUAGAAUAAAAAAUUAUAUAUUAUAUAUAUAGUAUUUAUUUAUGUCAUUUGGGAUGGUUAGGAUUGGGUUGAUUGAGUCACGGAUUAGUCGGGUUCGGAUCAACCGUGUUGAGAGUUUAAUCGGACAGAUUGCCGGUCAUUGACUUUUUUCAAUUCAUAUUGUGGUUAGGUUGAUGGUCGGUUGACCAGACGAGUUACUCGGGUUUGGUUCUCCAUUGACACCUCUAAUUCUGUGGGACCUUAUUGUAAUAUUGCAAUAGCAUAGUAGUUAAUGAGAAAUGAGGAAAAGUUGGAAGCUAUCUAUUUUCUUCAUGCUCCUCUCCUGUCUCCUCUUCAUCGACUCAGUCUUCUCUCUCUCUCUCUCUCUCUCUCCUCUCUGUGUUUCUCUCGUCUCUCUCCCCGUACAGUGUUCUCUUGGGGUUUUCCAGAUUUAGAUCAUUCCAUUUAAGCUCCUCGAAAAUUGUCCGAAUCAGCCGAACCCCACGUCGUAUUCUUCGCUGAAAUUCCACCCUCUUCGACUCUUCCCCAUUUCAGCUCGCCUUCCUCAAAGUUUCUCCGUCCUCAUAUCACUUCCAUUUCUGUAUAUUCUCACAUAUACAACAAACAAACAAUUACAGCAAAGCUCUAGUUCCCCCAAUAAUACUAGAUGCAGGGGACCAGCGUAAAUGAAUUGGGCUGCUGUCAGCUGGCGGGCUUCUGGGUCGGGUCGUCGGGUUGAUUAAUGGAAGAAUAAUGCGGAUGUUACGGUGACGUGAUCUCGUGCCGUUUUGAUUGAUCUGUCUCGAGCUUUCAAAAGCGGCCGGCGGAAGGGCAUGCAUAGCAAAAAUGUUGUGCGCUUACGUGGCGGCGGAGGAAGGAGCUGAGUGAGCGAGAAAUAGAGGGAGGAAGAGAGGAAGUUGAGGGUGAUGGCGACGGCGGCGGCGAAUCGGCUGGUGGUGAAGGUGAGGAGGGAUGUGAUUGAGAGUUGCAUGACGUGUACUAUCUGCAACAGGCUCUUCAGAGACGCCACCACCAUCUCCGAGUGUCUUCAUACCUUUUGCAGAAAGUGCAUAUACAAAAGGAUAUCCGACGACGGGUUGGAAUCAUGUCCAAUCUGCAACAUUGAUCUGGGCUGUGUGGCGCUGGAGAAACUGAGGGCGGAUCACAAUAUGCAAGAUGUAAGAUCAAAGAUCUUUCCAUUCAAGAGAAGAAAGGUUGAGGCACCUGAUCACAUUACACCUGAAGUUACUUCUGAAGUUUCACCAUUGGUUCCAUUACCAGUUAGAAGAAAGGAGAGAUCGCUCUCAUCAUUAGUAGUCAAUGCUCCAAAAGUGUCGACACAGAAUACAACAACUGGAAGAAGAACCAAACUUGCUCCAAGAAAAAGUAGUUCUGCUACAAGGAGCUGCAGUGUUCCCUCAGAUCAUAAACCCAUCACGAAGGACGCUGAUCACAUUGUGGAAGAUUUCCCUGAGAGUUCAAGUUCACGAGAAACUGAUAGGAAAUUCAACAAAAAUGGAAGAAAGAGUUCAUCAGCUGAGCCAAGCCAAUCUGCUUCUAAUGCCGAGGCACCAAAUAUUGGUGAUGAACCAUUGGAUGGGAAAUCUAAUCUCUGGCAACCUUUAAAUUUUUUGGUAGAAGUUGCAAGUAUGACCAAGUCUUACAAGUGUAAUAAUAAUUCACAACUUCCUGAUGUUAAAUCAGAAUCUAUUCAUCUCCCUGAAAGUGAACUUUCAGUUAGAAAAUCCAAAUAUAGGGAAAAUAAGGACAAGUCAAAUGUUGACAACGAGAAGAUCCAGAUCUAUUCUGAUUCCCAGGAACCAGAAGAACCAAAGAAACAGCGCAGGAUUCGCCGAAGAAAGCCAGCUGCGAAGGAUUCUGGUAUCUCUUCCCAAGAUGUCCUUGAUGCAUCAAGUUCAAAGCAAGAAAGCAGGGUCACUCCUGUUUGGUUCUCACUGGUUGCUUCUAGUGAACAGGAAGGAGAUGCAUCUUUGCCACAAAUCUCAGCAAACUACUUAAGGAUUAAUGAUGGAAGUAUACCUGUCUCAUACAUCCACAAGUACCUGAAGAGGAAACUAGACCUCCAUAGUGAGGAAGAGAUUGAGAUAAAAUGUAUGGGACAACCAGUCGUCCCAACGUUGCAACUCCGCAAUCUAGUUGACCAGUGGAUCCAGAAAGAAUCAUCAUCAGAAAGAGCCGCGGCCAGGGUUGGUUCGUCGGCCAAGGAGUUCGUUAUGGUUCUCGCAUAUGCCCGAAGGGAAUCAAACAGGAGCAAUCACCCACCCUUUGGUUGAUUGCACCAUACACAUACGGAACUGGGUUUUCCCCCCUAACAGUCGGGCAACAACACCAGAUAAUAUACAGCAGAAGUGAGGGCUCAACGAGUUAGUCACCGGCACAACACACCACAAUACCACAUACAGCUAGUUGUCUUUGUUUACAUAGUGAGCCUGAUGACAUUUUCGUUUCUGAUUCUUUUACACUUGGGAAACAUUUUCCGUUCACUUUCCAAGGGGAUGUAAGACGGCCAAUCUGGCGAUUCAUAGUACUUUUGAUAGACAGAACGUGGCGGGGACUCCGAGGAAUCUAUCCCAUGGUACUUUGAAACAGGCUACGUGGAAUCUCGCAGUCGGCCGUGGAUUCUUUCUAAUCGUUGGUGACACGUUCACCUUGUUGACCGAGUGGAUGACAACUAUGUUCGUUUUCGUCAUAUUCAGACAACUCAUUGAAUCAAAACAAUUGUUUUUAGUUGGGGAUUUGCAGAUGGGGGUGACGUUAAUUUUCAGGAAAUAUCUGAAUUCUGUUGCUUUCGUUUCGUUGGGGGGGACUUCAGUCGGCAUCCGGCGACUUUUUACUUUUUAAAGGGUACAGUACUAACCAUGCAAUGAAUGACUGAAUUAAUG